CGGUCGUUUACAGGCACACGUGAAUACACCUGAUGAUAGGGCGAUAAGUAUGGCAUGUAUGGGUCGUUUGUGCACAAGUUAAUGGGCAGGCAGAUGACAGUUGACAGGGGAAAAAGACAUAAAGUUAUGUUGAUAUCCCGGACAGCGCAGACGACCGAAGAAGCGAUACACAAACGUUAUUCUUCACUUUGUAUUUCAUCACGGAGGAGGAGGAAUAGCGCCAAGUGAAUUGUGACAUUUAGAACAAGUUACUUUAUUUGAACGUUGGACUAUUAUUUCUUGGAUUAAUCAAAAAAGACGAUGACCUCCCAUAUACGAAUCGCUGUACUUUCUAUCAUAGGUUUAACUCUUAUAUUUCAAGGUAAAGGGUUGGUAUCCGCUCAACAUGGCGCCAGCACAGCACCCACGACUGCCGAGAUGGAGUUUGAAGCGGAAGAAAUGACGACGACGACUGCAAUGCCAUCAACAUCAUCGACGACGACAAAGGCGCCAGCCAUAGCCCACAAACGUCCGGCCGUGAUAGGGGAGCAGUGCCCCACGUACCGGUACACCGUGUCGGAGGACAAGGUCGAGUUCCAUACGAUGCCUGGACAGUGCAAAAUUGUUGUCCAGUUCCCUCCAGCUCGACAAGGGAGUGGUUUCGGUUACGCCGGUAAACGAGGACCACCGAGAGUACAGUACAUGGCAAAACUCCCUUGAAAUUAUCACCAAUUGUACAACGAUCAUCAACGAAAGAUAGGAACACGGAGAAGAAGGUCCCAUCGACAUCCUACCCCGAUGCGCAUGCGUUUAUACCAGACCUGUACUUCCGAUCACAACCUCUACGCCAGAGUAUGAUUUACACGUCAUAAUGAUGUAAUAUUGAGAAUUCUGAUUUGUUAUAUGUACAAACCAUACAUCAUAAAUAAACUGGAUUUUUUUUUAA